AUGGUGACCACCAAUCAACAAAGCCCUGAAUCCAAUGCAAGGAAGAACACAGAAAGGCCACAAUUCACCCCUAUACCUAUGACGUAUAGGGAGUUGUACCAGAACCUGUUCAACGUUCAUGUGGUAUCCCCUUUCUACCUGGAGCCACUGCAGCCCCCGUAUCCCAAAUGGUAUGACACAAACGCCCAAUGUGAAUACCACGCAGGAAUUAUCGGGCAUUCAAUCGAAAAUUGCAUUGCAUUCAAGAAAGUGGUCGAAAGAUUCAUUAAGGUGGGAAUCGUGAGAUUUGAUGACUCAGCCAUGCCUAAUGUAGCAGGAAACCCACUCCCCAAUCACACCGACCAAGGAGUGAACGGGAUAAGCGAAGGCAAAAACAAGAAGAUUAAGUGUGAGGUUGCGAAAGUCAGGACUUUGUUGAGACAAGUGUGGAGGGAAAUAAUCAUGAGAGGUUUGAUCGCGUUGAAUUUAGGAAGAGAAUCCAAAGAAGAGAGGAACUACUACGAGUUCCACAAUGAGGUGGGGCAUGAAAUCCAAGAGUAUGUGGAGUUCAGGGCCCUAGUGCAGAACAUGAUGAACAAUAAGGAAAUAGAAUUCUAUGAAGAGACUAAAAACCCCGUAGAGGGAGACAUAUGUGCGUUGGAGGGAGAGUCGACGGUACAAAAUCAAACAGUUAACUACCACGUGGUUAUCAUAUCGAGACCAAAAAAUAAUGAAGCUAGAGUUCAACUACCACCAAGGGUCAUAAUCCAGAGACCUGCAGUCUUCCCUUAUAAAGAUAGCAAAAGGGUCCCAUGGAAUUAUGAUUGUAAUAUGACAAUUCCGGGGAAGAAAAGCCUGGUCGACACUUUAAAAGAGGACCAAGAUAGGGGCUCCUAUACAUGUAGCGGGAGAUAUUACGAUACAACGAGUGAGAAGGCACAACCCGUAAAAGGAAAAGCCCUAGUGGUCGAAGGGGUGAAGGAAAAAACGACCAAAUCUGAACUUUCUGUAAAUGAGCUAGUUAACGAAGAAGAGGCUAAGGAGUUUGUAAAAUUCCUAAAGCAUAGUGAAUACAGCAUGGUGGAACAGCUACGUAAACAACCAGCUUGUAUCUCAGUGCUGACCUUACUUCUAAGCUUGGAAGUUCAUCGUAGCGCGCUAAUGAAGGUCUUGAAUGAAACGUAUGUUGUCAAUGAUAUCUCCGUUAACAAACUGGACCGAUUGGUUAGUAACAUAAGUGCCGACAACUAUAUCUUCUUCAAUGACGAUGAGAUACCACCCAGUGGCAUGGGGUCGACUAAAGCAUUGCACAUUACCACGCGCUGUAAAGGGUAUAUGCUGCCAGGCGUACUGAUUGAAAAUGGAUCGACUUUGAACGUCCUGCCAUUGACCACACUAAACAGAUUACCUGUAGACAGCUUUCACAUGAAGGAGUGCCAGAACAUAGUGAAGGCAUUUGACAGCACGGAGAGAAAGGUGAUGGCUGGGGCAGUGCCUUCUUCGUUGCAUCAAAAGUUGAAGCUGGUAUCAGAGGGGAGGUUGAUAACGAUCAAUGCUGAAGAGGAUAUCAUUGUAACUCAAAAUUCUGGUGCCAAAAUUGUCCAAAACCACGAGGAUGAGCCUCCAGUUAACGAUUGGAAAAGGAGCCCUACCCAAAAAGGACUUGGGAGACAUCUGCAAGGAAGGGUUGAAACGCCAAUGCCGAAAGACAAGAGAGACCGCUUCGGUUUAGGAUUUAAGUCAGAUGCGAAACAAAGAAGAAGGGAGCUGGGAAAGAAGCAAGAAAGAAGAAGAGCUCGUUUAGCGGGGGAGGAAAUCAAGUGGGAACCAAUGACAUUCCCCCAUAUAUCAAAAACAUUUGUGUCCAGGGGAAUCAUUCAUCCCGAGAAAGACACACCAAUGACGGGAGCUAUAGAAGAAAGGCUGAAAAGCUUGAACAUCAACGUCAUAUGCGAAGAGGAGACCAGAGGAGAGAAUUUGUCGGGCAUUUGCCUCUGCACGCCUAGAAGUGUUCUGGACAACUGGACUGCAGAAGAGAUUCCUGUAGCUUUUAGAACGGAUUCAGAGUAA